GUCGUUCGAGCGUGCCGCGAAUCAAACUCCACUUGCUUUCUUACCUGACUCGACGUCGAUUGAUCGAACGACUUGGAGUUCCAAAAAAAUAGUAAAAAAUAUUAAAAAAUUGUAAAAUUUUUUCAAAGUAUAACGUGACUUCUGAAUGACACCAUUCUUUUUCCUUUUAUUCUUUUUUGUUUUAUAAUUUAUUUUUAUUUUUCUUCACGUACUUUACAAUUUGAAAAAAGAUGUAAAUGAAUAAAAUCAAAAAGAUUACUUUGAUCGAUGUCGAGGAUCAGUGCAGGAUUUAAGAGUUCGCUCGACUACUUAAAACAGGGUGUACUCAGAAAAUCGGUCAAGCGUGCAUCUUCUCUGUCCUACACGAAAAACUUCUUUCGUUAUACAGUUCGUUUCGUACUCUCUUCUUCCUCUUUUAUUCUUAAAGUAAAAGGAAUAAUUACUUGGAAUUGAAAUACAUGAGAAAAGAAACAAGUUGAUUUAUCACGAAAGAAAAUUCGUUGAGAUAUUUGUUUAAAAAGUAUUCGACCAUUUGUGUCAAAGAUAUCGUACGAAGAUCGUACUAAGAUCGUGUAUUCAUUAUUAAGUGGAUGAUUAUUCGUUUCUUCCUAAUUUUUUAUCGCUUUUAAUCGUUGCACGUAAUUCUUCAUCACAAAAAUGUGGAAUCGCAAGGUUCUCGUCAGAAUAAUCGAAGUGCUGCUUUGCAUCGCAUGCGUGGUAGCUCUCAGAGUGACGGAUGACGAAAGCAGAAGAGUAUUUCAUUAUUUGAGGAAUCGCAGCAGAGAGUGGUCGCUUUUAAAUAACGUCACAUGGGGUACCAUAGGUGCCGCUCUUGCAACAGCGACUUGCGGUGGCUACGUCAUCAUAACUGCCGGUCUUCUUAUUGCCGCGGCAACUAACGAACUUACGGGCCGAAAAACGGAGAUCUUCUUCCUUGGUCUCGGUGUGAUCCUUUUUGGAAUCGUCGGUGCUCUUGCUUUAGCAUCAAUCGAGAGUAUUCCAGAGGAUUUGAUCGACAAUGCUGCAGUUCUCGGUGCACUCGCUCUAAUCACCGCUCUUGUAUUCAUCGCAGAUCUGUUGAUAUCUCCUCCUCGUAAAAAGGAUAAGCAGGAAGUGCGAAUAGACAACGAUAAGACAGACUCAGCCAAGCAACCUACCAUGACCACGAUGACGACGGAAAAGGAAAUGAAGUCGUCGAAAGAAAAGAAAAGUACAAAAUCGGAGGAAGAAUCGAAGGAAAUCAACGGUAAUGUAAAUGAUGGAUUCGAGAAGAUAGACGAUCGAAGACGGAUGGAGAUCCAUGAAGAAGAUCCCGAUAAACGACUCGAACAACUCUCAUACGACAAUUAUCAGUUAGAAAGAAAUCGUAAUUUCGAUAACGUUGAGAGAGAAUUACGAGAGCACAAACAGAAUUUUGAAAAUGGACGCGUUUUGAGAAACUCUCAACGGUAUAGGGAAGCGGAGAUUCUUCAAGGAAACAGUGCUGCGAAUAGAUCGUUUGACGACGAUCGUAGAUCCGAGGAUUCGAGGAUCAUUUAUAAAACUCGGGAUAUUUAUCAACGACCAGUCGACGAGGUCGAUACACCACCGUUUCCAACUAAUUUUAGCCGAGGUAACGAGCCUACCUUCGGUAAAAUCGUAAAUCCUAGUGUGAAGAUAAUGAAAAUCCAACAUGACGUAAACGAACCUCUUGAUUCUUACAGAUAUUCCGACACUAGUCAAUAUGACAAUGUACCAGUAAGGAUGAGAGGAACAUCAUCGGGUAUCUUGAAAAAAGAUCGUGGAGUUUCUUUGGCUCUAAAAACUCCUAGCAAAUUAGAUGAGAGGAGCAAAAAUGAGAUCGAAAUGCUGGAAGAAUGUUUCAGUUCUCUCAGAUCGACAGGAACUCAAACUGGCGUUCGUACACCUUCCUCACCUACAGAUCCUGGAUAUGUUCGUCAUACUGCAAGCAAUUGGCCUCACGAUGUCAAGGCAAAAACACCUGGCUCUAGUCCAGAGCAUAACAGGAAUUAG